UGAAUCGACAACGAAGAUUCAAGUGACUUGCAAUGCUUUUUUAUGGAUUUGUUGAAUGUUAUUGGAUAUUUGUUUCUUACGAUAUUUGUAGAAUAUGCCACCACAUUGAAACAUUUUGGAAACUAUGAUGAGGAUUUGACGUACGGGAGGGUACAUCACCUCUUUCCCACAUCGAGAUGGAGACGAAGGACAAACUGGUCACCUCCUCGACCCAGUCUGUUUGUAGAGGUCGAAGGUCGUCCGCUGAGACUGUCCUUGACCCUUAACCAACGUCUGUCUGGGUGUGUCAUGGUCUACCCUCAAAGAGAGAAUAUCUGUAGUAAAGAAGAGAAAGUUGACUUGUAUCAGGACCCACUUCAUGAAGCAUCAAUAGAGAUCCAAACCUCUGCAGCAGGACGAUAUAGUCUGUCUGGAACUUUUAUUUUUGGCCAUCACCAUUAUUUCAUGAAGACAGUCACCAGUAUCAAAUCCUUCCAUCAAGUUUCAAGAGUGCCAUUCAUGAUUUCAAAAAUAACUACGUCUUCAGAUUUACGAUCUGACUACAUUAUUUUAAAUCCAAAAACACUUAAUUACAAACCAUUAAGGAGAGAUCUUCCAAUUCGCCAUAAAAGAUCUGGGACGGUGUAUACAGUGGAAUUGUUUCUAACUGUAGAUUACAGCAUUUACAAGUUUUGGUAUGAACAGAACAACAACAUCUCCAGUAGCGGGGAGAGACGAAACGCAGCCAUUAAUGACAUAAAGCAGUACUACGCUUUCCUUCUUAAUGGAGUCGAUGCCAGAUACAAGAAUUUACCAGGGUCCACUGAUACCAUCAAUGUCAUAUUUGCAGGGAUUUAUAUUGCUGAGACAGCUGCCUCUUGGAGUGGGAGUUUGGACAGCCUGAAUAGAUUAGAUGCCAUGUCUGCUGGUGACGCCUUUGAAAAAUGGCGGACGUCACAAGUAAAUUCCAAUUCCAUUCCAGAUCACGACCAUGCUAUGCUGUUUACAAGGUAUAACCUGGCUCUUCACAACCAAACUGCUGCUACAGGAUUUGCAUACGUCUCCUCUGUGUGCUCAGAAGGCUCAAUUUCUUUAGUCGAGGAAAAAUUUGACUUGAUUAGUUACACCGUUGCUGCGCACGAAUUGGGUCAUAGUUUAGGGGCCACCCACGAGGGUGUGGGGACAAACACAUGCCCAGAUGAGGGAUACGUCAUGUCUGCUGUAAGCAGACCCCAUGAUAAAUCCACGAAUCCCUGGAGAUUUUCCUCCUGUUCUGUUAGCCAAAUAGCCAAUUACAUCAACUCUUUGUCACCCAAUUGUCUCUUGCAAGAAACAUCAUCUGUGGAUCGCAAUUCACUACAAACUUUCGAAAGUAUACCACUGGGACAGAAGUACCAAGCGGACCAACAGUGUGAGCUCAGUUUUGGUGCUGGUGCUCUUACCUGCAGGGAAUUUUACAAUUCCUCGAAUUAUCAAGAAAUAUGCACGACUCUGUAUUGUAAGGGACAGGGAAGUACAGGUUGCGAUACCAUUCUUCCUGCAGAUGGCACCACCUGUGGGAACCGAAAGUGGUGCCAAAAUGGUGUAUGCACGUACAACAGUUCUAGCCCCGCAGCAGAUGAGACCUGCUUAUUUGGGGACGAGCCAGGGACUGUGUGUACCCAGAUAAAGUCUAAUUCUUGGGAUUGCUAUGGUAACGACUACCGUAAAUGCUGUCAUUCUUGCGAGUCAAUCAGAUCCAGCGAUGCCAACUGUCCCUUUGGAGACCGUGCUCCCGGUUGUUCUUUCCUAACAACUGAUAAUCGCAUUCAUUGCUACGAUCUUGAUACGUAUUCGGAAUGCUGUGGCUCUUGCAAAAACCUCUCUACAAAUAUUUCAGGCUGCGAGUAUGGUGAUAGGGUAGAGAAUUGUGAUGCACAGAACAGUUGUUCAGGUCAACAAGCGUCAACGAACUGUUGUGCUACAUGUAACAAAGUGGUAUCUACAACAACAUCUAGAACAGGUACCUCCGGUACAACUAUUACCUCAACAACAACUUCCACAAGUCAAUCAACAACACCAACAACGAUCUCCACAACUACAUCUACAUCUGAGUUUAGCAGAACGACAAAACCAGUAACAACGACUCAGUCUCCAACAUCAACGGCUAUUAGUACUACAUCUACACAUGUCCCAACAACAGUGACAACUCCAGCAACAACAAAACUUACAAUUACUAUUUAUACACCAUAUCCCACUACAACAACCACAACAAUCGCUACAACAGCAACAACCGCUCAAUCUCCAACAACAUUAUUGACUGUUAGUACUACUACUCUUUCAUCUACACAUGUCCCAACAACAGUGACAACUCCAGCAAUAACAACAAGCUACACAACAAAACAUACAACUACUACAACAAACCCCACAACAAAACUUACAACUACUACACCACAUCCCACGACAACAAGCACAACUACGGCCAAAACAACAACAACUGCUCAAUCUCCAAGAACAUCUACUAUCACCACCUAUUUAUCUCCACAUAUCGGAACAACAACACCAGCAAAGACAACAAACCCCACAACAAAGCAUCCAUCUAAUACAACUACUGCACAAAUACCCACAGCAACAAGCAUAACAACUACUACCUUUCCAUCUCCAACAACAUCGACUAUCACCACAGCUGCUUCUACAUCUGCACAAACAACAACUAGACCAAUGCAAACAACAAGCACGAAAGCUACACUUCGAUCUACAACGAUAACAAAAGAAGCAACAACAAUGCUUAAGCCUACUACAGAAAUUACAACAGCAGCAAAACCUACAAUAAAAUCUACAACCACUGCUGCCAAGACAACAUCAAUAACAUUUAUAUCGACAACAGAUGCCCAAACUUCAAGUACGCCCUUAGUGUUCACACCUACUGAGUCUGACAGCACAACAACUGAAUCCAUACAGUUGGCCACGCCCAGAAACUUAGCCCCUGGUGAAGAGACGCCAAUCAUUAAAGAACCGUGGUUUGUGGCCCUUGUAGCAGUACUUGGAGUUAUUUUUGGUUUUGUGUUGUUUGCGGCUUUUCUAUACGCUCUUAGGAAAAAAUAUCAGCUCAGUAGAAACUCUUUGAAAUUACACAAGAAGCACGUCAGUCUUGGAUAUGAGAAUCAUCGAUACAGUUCAAGUAAUCUGUUUGAAAUUCCACCUGAAAUAGACAAAGAUGUAGACGAUGAAUAUAAUGAGAUACCAUAUGAGAUGUUAUAUCGGGAACACAACAAGAAAAUGGCGGCAAUCAGUCAAAUAUAAACACAAGUCUUUCAAAUAUUAAUGCCACAUCAAAAAACCCUCACACGCCUUCUUCAUCAGAUACAUCGGAAGAUCAGCAACUUUCAGAAACUUUGAAUGGUCAGACAUUUGAAAAAGAUUUGUCAGUGAAAGACAGACCUUCUCAAGACGAAUUUUCAACCAUAAAAUACAGGGAUAUUCGACAUGCUACUUCAUGUGCAGUAACAGUUGUCUCAAAUCAAAACUAUACUGACAUCAACUGCAUACAAUCCCAGAAACGCGGGGACUGGCCAAAUCAUACCGAGAUCCCGUGAAAGACGAUUCCCUCCCAUUAGUCAAGGACUUCCAAAGACCUACAGGUCCCUUAUCCUUGGUCGGGUUGGUCAAAAAAUAGUGAUGGCUUGUUAAAACAAGUCAACUUACGGUGCUUUUUCAUUGUCUCUGAACUUUGAUCGGCGUCAUUCCUUUCCUCAUCCAGCAGUACGUGUGUAGAUGUUCACUCACCCUCACCCAGAAAUUCAAAAACAAGAGGGACUAUCUAGAUCUGGUGUAAAUAUCACAGUGGGGAAAAUCAGGCACCUAUCAGCAGCAAUGGGGACAAAGUCGAUCAAGUGAAUAAAUUAAAACCUCAAAAAAGACUCACAAAACAAGGAUUCAACCUUUGUAACAUACCGAGUACGAUUGAAAGCAUAAAUCAAUACUUUUAAAACUUUUCCUCUCCAUUUAAAUACAAAAAAAUCUUAAAUUACUGAAGCAAAUUCGAUCAAAUUAAACAAAUAAAAGACCUGUUUAUUAGAAAAAUAACGUUGUAAAUGUUUCAAAUAGAAUCACAAAUGAUGAAUGUUUUGACUAUAACCCAGAGUAUAUCACUGCAUAGAAAUAUACAAUUUUUGCUCACUUGGGCUAAAGGUCCUUUUGAGCCAUUUAGCUGUCUGUGGCCAAAGUUCUUUAUGUAAAGUUAACACUCUACUACAUCAAGCUACCUUCAACAAAAUUAGAAGCAAAUCUUUUUACUUCAAUACAGUGAAACUUGUUUAAUCCAGAUAUUGUGUAUUCCAAUAUUUUGUCUAAUGUGAUGUAAACUUUAAGGUUCAUAAACCCUCUGCUCACUCAUAUAAAAUGUUGCUUGAACCUUAAUGAUUUUCCAAAAGAAAUGUAUUUUAUAAGUAAAAUACAAACAAUUAUAGCACAGAUACUGCGGGGCAAAAUUGGACAAAAAAGACACUUCAACUUGGCAAAUUUAUAAAGGAAUAAUAGACAUUUAUAUCAUUAAGAGUUAUCUCUCUAAUCAGAGUA